AUGGUUUAUUUUAACAGUAGAUGUAUAAGUUAAUAAGGAAGGAAGUUAUGUCUUACCUUGGAAUCCCAGUUUGUCUCCAGGUGAUUUUUAGGACUUCCUUUUAUUAUUGUGCUCAACCGGAAACACAACCACCACACGUGGAAUUAGGCAGCUCUAGAGGAUGUUUUACAUUAAAUUCAACACUCGGGGUCUAUAUGGAAUUUCAGCUGCGAGUCUCGGGCUUUAUGCGUUCAUUUCUUUGUCUUCGUCUCUCUGUCUUCCUGUCUCUGUCUUCCUGUCUCUGUCUUCCUCCUUCAACCUCUUGCUGCUAUCGAAAGUGAAAGAAGAUUGCGGGAGUGCGUCGGGUAAUCAGACGAGGCAGAAUCCAUGCAUCUGAAAAAAACCUUCAAACGUCUAAAAAUGUCAACACCCUUUUUUGAAAGAUAUCAAUAUGAAUCAUGACCUAGUGGAAAUGUUCAGAGAGACACUAGACAGCUUCACCAUCUCGGAUUACCAUGGCCUGAACAGUCCAGGUCUCACAUGCUAUUUGAACAGCGUGCUUCAGGUGCUUUUCAUGACCGAGGACUUCCGGGCGGCUGUGAAACGAUGCUGCAGUGAAGAUUCAACAACCAUUGACAAACAGCUGAGAAGACUUUUUGUUGUUCUCCAGAGAAGUACGGCCAGAACGCAUAACGUCCUAAACAAACUGGGGAUCACGAACGUAUAUGAGCAACGUGAUGCUGCAGAGUAUUUGGAGAGGAUCCUGUGUCGGACCAGUCCGGAGUCAGCCAAGAUAUUUAAGGGAGAGCUGAAUCACAAGACCGAAUGCCUCAAGUGCAAAGGGAGGAACGAUUCCACGAGCUCUUUUUGGUAUCUGCCACUUGGAGUGGAAGUUUCGCUCCCUCAAACCUACAGCGUGGAAGAAGGGUUAAAAGCAUUCUUCAAGGGAGAAAAGGUCUGCGGUGACAACAAGAUGUUCUGCAACCGAUGCAAAAAAAAGCGAGAUGCAGUCUUGGGAUGUGAGAUAACACACAAUCCAGAAAUUCUGACGCUCCUGCUGAAAAGAUUCAGCUUUGACUACAAGCGCAGGUGUUUUGUCAAGCUUCACUGCAACGUGGACGUCCCCCAAACUUUACACAUAAAGAGUUGCCAAUACGACCUCUACGCUAUAGUUAACCACUUUGGUAAUCUAAGUGGAGGCCAUUAUACUGCACAUAUCAAAUCUUUUGAAACUCACGUGUGGUAUCACUUCAAUGACGACAUUGUUAACAGGGUCAAACAGCCACUGUUUGGGGCUGGAGACAAGCCUUUAAGGUCUUUUACAGCUUACCUCCUCAUGUACAGGAAGGUGAGCAAAGACUUUGAAAAAAUUGAUGAAGGCAACCGGGAGGCUCUCUGCCUACAUUCAGAUGUUGAGGCUGAAAUAAGACAUGAUGAGGCAGUGAGAGGAGAUGCUCUCGUUCCUCAUCAUCAAAUGAAAGAUGAAAGAUGCAACAGCGGCGGAAAGAUUAAGCAUUUGAAUGACAAGAUAUUAAAGAUCUGUGCUGAUACCGUUUUGAAGAAACCUACCAACCUUUCUGGGGAACUGGAAAAACAGCCUAGCCAGAGAGCAACAUGUGUGAGGACACAUAAAGAGAGUUUUCCUUAUACAGACACUGGAGCAGAUGGAGACAGUUUGCAAACAAAAAGGACACAUUUUGAAAUGCCAAAAAAAAAUGGAGGACCAAAAAGUCACGAGCCAAUCAGACAGCAAUUUGAUACAAACUCAGAGGAGCACAUGCGGAAUCGGAAAACCAAAGGGAGCCCCACAACACACCAGUUAGGCUGUGUGUCAGAGCAAAACCCUUCAUCCCCACAUAAAAGACUAUCCUGGAAAACACAGAACAAUAUUGUUGCAGAAACUAUAACAAGUAUGACUGACAGUACAAGAAAUAGCACCAAACCCGCAGAAACUACAGUUGUAAAAUACAAAAAGGCAGCAGUAGCAGAGUUCAAAACAGAAGGAUUUAGUCCUAAACCGAAAAGAGGCGUUGGUGUGAGUGCAAAAAUGUGUGAUGCUGAUAUGAAUUCAUUUCAUGUUUCCUCCAAUGGCUACUCUUCUUCUUCUAUUCCAUACUUGGCAGGGAACUUGCAAGACCAGUUUAAAUUGAAAGAACUAACAGGGUAUAACUAUCCACCAAACCUAUGCGGAAAACCAACCAGUUCAAAGAGGGUCAAGGAGAGAAUGUACCAUGCAGACAGCAGCUGCAAACAGCACACCAAACUAACUGUGAAAAAGGUAGAAGAAACUGCCAGUCCUAGAGAGAGAAAAAAGGCUCCAAAGAGCAGGGACAACAAAAAAAAAGAGCCAUGGAAGUAAAGAAUAUCAGACUGAGAAAUAGCUAAAGGAAUGUUAAAAAUGUGUCAUCAUGUAUGUAGGAUACUUUUUUGGAUAUUAAACAACUUAUCCAGUAUUAAUAUGUCAUCAUCAAUGUUUUUGUUUUGUGUUAUUUUGGGAUCACCUGAACUUAUAGAGGGUACUACAGUUUCUCCUGGGCCUCUGCACAUUUUGUUCUGCAUGAAAAGUCAGAGCGGUCUGCAUAUUUUCACUUUUCUACACCUACAUGGGCAAAAACUGCUUGAUUUUUAAGCUCUGCAACAACAAUUUGUAAAACAUCUGUUUGAUAUUUGGAGUUUUUCAAUAGAGUAAUUUUAGAGCAAAAGUUGACAAAUGAAAGGUUAGUGUAUGUUUCUUUAAUUUUUAUAGGAUGAAAGUGAAAAUAUUUUUCUUCUUUGUGUAUGUGCCAAGGAGCGAGUUCAAGAUGAUCAACCUAUGAAAAGACUGUCUUUUGAAUAUUAUAUUGCAUGUUAAUAAAACACGUUAGUAUUUUGCCGUUGUUUAACCCUGUCCAUACAAUAAAUGUAUUCAGAUACA